AUGGUUGAGCCGGUGCCUAUGGAGGGCUUCUUCAACAAUAUAAUGGAGCAGCAUUUCUCUUUUGUGGACGAGGCAACGUACCACAUGGACAAUUUCCGCGAGGACUUCUCAUCCUCUGGACUGACGAACAGCGAACCUGAAACCAUCGACCCAAGUUUUCUUGAAAAUCUGGGUCCCAAGCCGGUUGAUGCGUUGGGAAGUGAAGCUGUUCCAGACUUUACGCCGUAUCCGCUAGCGAUCGAAAGUUUAUCGACCACCUCCCCGUCUACGACUCCCAGUCUGCAGCACAGUGCUACAGGAAUGGCUCCCGCUGAGCUCAGCUCUACACCCAAAGAAUCUACUGGGCGCCAUGCACAACCAUUGCCAGCCCCUCCUCACUCCGCUAGUGGGAGCGCAGUUAGCCCGUUACCGAAGGACAACACUAACACCGCAUGUGACACAAAGAAGGCUCAAUAUGAUCCAACUGAUGCUGUGAACUUAGAUUUUUUUCAACCGAAAGCUGUGGCUGAAAGUUCUGAGCGCGAGAAAUCUCAGGGAACCGAUUUCUGCGCUCGCCCCGUCGAUACUGGAGAGAUCUCGGAUUUCGGAAUCGGUGGGAAUUACUCCCAUCAUCAGUCCUCUUAUCCCUCUCCUUCUCAGAACGCACACUUUUCGGCUCACAUGGCUGGUGGUGAGAGUGCGGAUACUGCCACUGGUCACCAACCUGAGAUGAAGUGUGAAGAUCCUAUCCCCACGUCUCCAAUGUCAUCCGCGAACCAAGGAAGACCUGAUCCUGAGCUCCAAUUCUCAUGCGUCGAAGAAGCCAACGCAUGGCGCGCCUUUGAAGUCCAAGUGGACUACGACCCCACCAUUCCAAAAACCCUGGAGGCGAAGCGUAAGAUUGUUACCGAGAUGCUCAAAGCAAUGAAGAGCAUCGAGUAUGCGGAAGAUAAUGAGGGCAUGAUCCGCCCAUUCCGUGAACAGAAACAUAGUCCAAUCAGGAUGGAAAUACGCGUCGUGGCCAAUAAGAAUCUCAACAAGCGCAAGGGGGAGGUUAUGAACGCCGGAAAGAAGGCCCUGGGCCACUCCAGAACUGACUCUAAAUCCACUCCAGCGAAGCGCACAUCUGAGGACCGUGAAGGCCUCUGUACUCCCUUCAGUACUCCACGUAGAGACUCUCCAACCAGGGAUACUAGCACCCCUGUGAACAUCAAUACCAAUGUGCGAAACAUGACGCUAAACAGCAGCCCGCUUACCCACUCACAAGGGACCCACCAAAUGGGAUUUUCUAGCCCUACAGAGCCCUCCACUCAGGAUAAUAUGGCCUACCCCAUGCAUCAUAAUACAUUUUCUAUGGCUGCACAUCCCCAAUUAAUUAAUACCUCGGCAACUGGCCGAACUUUCGGGCUCAACCCCAUGAUUUCUAGUGGGUUAACUGGAUAUGGGCAACCAGCUUUUGGAUUUGCGCGCAGCCAGUCAACUAACACCAUCCAUGGACUUGGACAGAAUACCCCUCUGUACAACAAUGGCCCUUACAAUCGUGAGGAGAUGACAGAGCAGUUCAGGCAGCAAGCGUCCACUCAAUUCAAGCCUGCCAUCUACAACUCUCCUGGGCCAAACUCCAAUCGCCGGGCAAUGGGGCCUGCUCCACAUCCUUGGAUAACCUACCAGCACGCGCCAGGCCCCGCGCCCGCACGCUACGGGUCACGCAAUGCCCAUUCUACUGAGGCAUCUUACGGACACGGCCGUAAGCGCUCCCAGGAUGAAAGUGAUGCUUCUGAUUUUGUCCCUUCCCCUCAGAAGAAGGCUCGAUGA